AGCCAUCGCCAUCAAGUCCUGAAUUAACAAUGGCAUCGAAUGGCACGCACAACGACUUCAUCAACAUCACCACGCCACAUUCGCGCGCGCCCAGCAUGAUACAGGAGGCGCCAGCACACUCGCCGCGCCCGCGGCUACCUGGCCGGAAACAAGCGCCGCAGAAAAGCAUCGACGACUUCUGGAACAAGUUUACCACAAAGCACCCUGGCAAGAUCUUCACCAUCCUACCUGACAAUCUGUACGCGAAAAGCGCCGCCGCACAUGCGCCGAAGGGAUCCAUCCCCGGAGUUAACGCACUUGCAUCCUACGAAGAGGCCAAGGAGGCCUGCAUCAGAAAGGUCGCAAAGAUUGUCAAAGAGUGCCGCAGACUAAACCAAAAAUACCGAGAUCCACACUUCGACAUUGAGUCAGACUUUAAGCGGUCACAGGCCUUUCCCGAUACACCAGCCGAUUGUUUGACUGGACUGAACGAAGAAAAGACUGAUUUCCAUCCGCAAUCAGUCAAGAGAGUAGAGGACAUCUUUGACAACCCGCGAUUCUUCAUCGAGGGCCCAUCGGCAAACGAUGUACGUCAGGGAAACGAUGGCGACUGCUGGUUCAUGUCGGCAUUGGCGACCAUAUCGAACAAGGAAGGAUUGAUCCAACGAGUUUGCGUCGCUCGCGACGAAAAGGUUGGUGUAUACGGCUUCGUCUUCCACCGAGAUGGCGAGUGGAUCUCAGAAGUCAUCGACGACAAGUUGUACCUCAUCAAGGAGAACUUUGACGAAGCAAAGCUAGAGCGCUACCACUGGUUGGAGCUGCAAAACCGCAAGAGCCCCGAGGACGAAUAUCGCACCGUCAUGCAGACUGGCUCAAGGGCUCUUUACUUUGCCCAGUGCAGCGACCCCAACGAGACAUGGCUUCCACUGCUUGAAAAGGCCUUUGCCAAAGCCCAUGGAGACUACAGCGCCAUAGAUGGUGGAUUUGUAGGCGAGGGUAUCGAGGACCUUACUGGAGGUGUUACCUCGGAAAUUUUCGCCACCGAUAUCCUAGACAAGGACCAGUUCUGGCGAGAGGAGCUGAUGAAUGUCAACAAGACGUUUCUUUUUGGAUGUGGCCAGAUGGGCGGCAUUUACGGCUCACGCAAAGGCAUCCAGGAGAAGCAUGCAUACUCGGUCAUGGAAGCUCGUGAAAUAGAUGGCCAGCGCUUGCUCAAGCUACGCAACCCCUGGGGCCGAGCUGAAUGGACCGGACCUUGGAGCGAUGGCUCAGAAGAAUGGACUCCUGAGUGGAUGCAGAAGCUCAACCACAAAUUCGGUGACGAUGGUGUAUUCUGGAUCUCAUACAAGGACCUAUUACGCACCUACCAACAUUUUGAUCGCACCAGGCUCUUUGGUCCGGAGUGGACAGUUUCACAGCAGUGGACGAGCGUCAAUGUCCCAUGGAGCGUCGACUACCUCGACACUAAGUUCAAGAUCCAUCUCGCCAAGGGUGGACCCGUAGUAAUCGUACUCAGUCAGUUGGACGACCGCUACUACCAGGGUCUCGAAGGGCAGUACGAGUUCAACCUACAAUUUCGUCUCCACAAAGACGAUGAGGAAGAGUAUAUCGUCCGCAGUAACGGCACAUACUACAUGAAGCGCUCCGUCUCUACAGAACUUGAGCUGGAAGCUGGCAACUACACCGUCUUGCUAAAGAUCAAGGCUACCAGGAUUCCUGAAAACCCAAGACCGGACGAAGUCAUCAGGGCAACCUGCAACAAGCGCCGAGAAAAGCUUCUCUCUAUCGGACUAUCGUAUGAUCUGGCUCAUGCCAAAGGUCAAUUCAGAGAGCAAGAAAAGGAUGCCUUGGCGCGUGAGAAGGAGCAGCGCAUUGAGCACAAGAAGGCCGAGAUGAAGCGAUCACACGAACGCCGGAAGAUGAGGCGCAAGCGAGCCGAACUCCGCGACCAGAAGAAGGCCGCCAAAGAGACGCGUAGACUUAAUCCUUCCAGAGACAUUCAAGAAGUCGAGAGGAAGCUGCGAGAUCUUCCUGGACUUGGCAUCAACGUCGAAGAAGAAACUAGGACCUCUGGAGACGAUGAACCAAGGCCCAUGCACCAGGUCGUCACUAGACAUCACCGUGCAUCCAGCACCGGUACCAUUGGUGAGCGAUCACCCAGUCCUGGUGGAGGAUUUGGUGGCCGAGGUGGAUAUAACAAGGGCAGAGAUGGCUACAAUGCUACUCCACCUGGUGCCCUACCUAGUCGCCGUAGCUUCCACCGCGACAGCUCUGCCUCUGACAUGACUGAGUCGAUGGCGUUCCAAGGGCGAGGUGGCUACAACUUUACUCCACAAGCAUCACCUGCUGCCCACAGUCAGGGCUUUCAAGGCCGAGGGGGGUACAAUCAGAACAUGCCAGGGGAGUUCCAAGGAAGGGGAGGUUACAACCAAAAUAUGCCAGGAGAAUUUCAAGGGAGAGGAGGUUACAAUCAAAACAUGCCUGGAGAGCUGCAGGGCAGAGGUGGAUACAACCAGAACAUGCCAGGAGAACUCCAAGGCCGUGGCGGGUACAAUGAGGCGCAACUGACAGAUUCCCCUAUCCCGACGCCUUUGCCUACGCCCGCCCCAACGCCGCUGGCAGAUGAGUUCCAACCAGGGGUAUCAUCACAGCGCCCCGAACGGCUCUCUCCAGCACCAUCGCGGCGCUCAACUCUUACACCCAUCCCUGGUAUUCGACCUGGCAUUCAUGUCACGCCUGGACGAAGUGCAAGCGAUUGCUCCCAUCGCGCCCAAGACGGCUUUGAAUUUCACGACAUUUCCGACGAUUCAUCCUGGGACUCUGAGAUUGAUGGCCCUUGCUCGCUUGACUCUGAUGUCUGUGACGGUGACGACGACCUGCCACAUACUUUCUCUGAGCAGAAGCCCAAGUAUGUGUGGUACAACGGCAACCGCUACCCCUAUAUCGACGAAGAAGACGAAUUUGAGCGCGAUCCUUGGAAUGCAGUCUGCGUCGUUGGCCUGCGAGUAUUUAGCAAGGACAACACCGAUGUCACAAUCGAAGUCCACAACGGCGAGGGCGAGCGCAAGAAAAACGGCGACGACGCAAGCGUCACUAGCAUGGCCACCAUGAGGCGCAAGGAGAAGGAACUCGAUGUCGACGAUAGCGCAGUUGAUGCUACGAGCCCGAUGCGCACAAGGAAUACGGGGCUUGACGAUGAGCUAAAGGCUCGAGCUGAGGAACAAAAGCUCAUUGACCAGGUUGGCAGUGCUCCGGCGGGUACGGAGCUCCACCGCCAAGGCACUUUGAGCUAAGUAGUGAGGAGGUGAAAUUGAUCAUGAUGCGGCCAUGUGUACUAUGAAACAAGACAUACUUGAGAUACUUUAUUUUCGGAUUCAGCGGGUUAGAUUGGGCGGCGUUUCUGGGGUACUUUGGCGUUUGGUGUAUUUUACAAUCUAAUUCAUUGAAUAUGAAUUGUGAUUUUCG